AUGUCUUCAGAGGAGCUGCCAAGUUUCGGCUCACAAGACGAGUUGGAGGUGAAAGCAGCCGUGGGAAGAGACGCCGUCUUCAGAUGUACCGUCCAUAACAUCAUGCAUUACCAGACUGCGUGGCUGGAGAUGAAAAAGGGCAUCGUUUUCGCCAUGGGAGAUGAUGUUUUCACAGAAAAUCCUCGCAUCACCGUUCACCACUCGCUAACGUUGGACGGGGAGGAAGCUUGGAUUCUCACCAUCAAGAACGUUAACAUGAAAGACGCGGGAACGUACAUGUGUUCCCUCAACACUGGAACCAGCCUCAGGAAGUAUUACAGCCUCGUAGUUGUCGUGCCGCCGCGGAUUAUAGACACGAACACCAGUGGGGACACGGAGGUGAGAGAGGACGAGACGGCCAGAUUGGUGUGUGGAGCCAGCGGGACGCCCCAUCCGGCCUACAAGUGGAGGCGGGAAGACUCUUCCCUCAUCGAUGUAUCCGGCACCACAA